GACCGCCGUUUUCCACUUCGCUCUGGGUGCGAGCUUCUGGAAAGGAGGCCUGAAACAUUAACAAAGAUAUUUUCCUGUUCAAGGCUUUCCAAACCUGUAAUAAACGUGUGCGUAAGGCAGGGGACUUCUGCAAGGAGGUUGGGUUGCGUCCGAUUCUUCAAAGGCGCCUAGAAGUGGCAAGUUCAAAGCGCUGAUUCACCUGCGAUGCGCUUUAAUAACGAUGCUAACAUCCGCGUAAGGCACUCUCGCGGGGUGGGGGUGGAGAAAAGGAAGUCGCUGCGCAUCCUGCACGGGUGGGAGCACGCGUGGAAGGGGAUGCAGCGGUGAGCGGAUCUAUCUCGUCGCCUCGCGCUGCUGCUGCAACGACCAAGGAUCUCGCCUGGCCAGUCCACCAUGGUGCCCCACCGGCUGCGGGUCGGACGCGAUGUGGCGCGGGCGGUUGAACUGCUGGAGCGGCUGCAGCGCAGCGGGGAGGUGCCGCCUCAGAAACUCCAAGCCCUUCAGAGGGUGUUGCAGAGCAAAUUCUGCUCGGCCAUCAGGGAGGUCUAUGAGCAGUUGUAUGACACACUGGAUAUCACAGGGAGUGCUGAAAUUCGGGCGCAUGCCACAGCUAAGGCGACGGUGGCUGCUUUUGCAGCGAGCGAAGGGCACGCACACCCACGGGUGGUGGAACUGCCCAAGACAGACGAAGGCCUGGGCUUCAACAUCAUGGGGGGAAAGGAGCAGAACUCUCCCAUCUACAUCUCCCGCAUCAUCCCAGGGGGCGUGGCUGACCGCCACGGCGGCCUCAAGCGAGGAGAUCAGUUGCUGUCAGUCAAUGGCGUGAGCGUGGAGGGCGAGCAACACGAGCGGGCGGUGGAGCUCCUGAAAGCAGCCCAGGGUACCGUGAAGCUGGUUGUGCGCUACACGCCCAAAGUACUCGAAGAAAUGGAGGCGCGCUUUGAGAAGAUGCGGACGGCGCGGCGCCGGCAGCAGCAUAACAGCUACUCAUCCCUGGAGUCCCGAGGAUAAUUUGCAUCAUUAUCUAUCUGGUUUGUUUGGGCCGGCCUGCGAUUUUUUUCCCACCCCACCGCACCCUCCCCGAUGGUUUUAUCUGUAUAGCAGGAGACAUAUUUAUCUGCCUUCCUCCUCAUUGCCAGGAGGUGGGCUCCUAUGUACAGUAUUUAUUCUCCACAAUCCUCUUAUUUAAAGAUGUUCUGUGUGAGUGACUGUGUAUCUGUGCGAGUCCCUACCCUUUGUGAAACUGAAGAAGGUACCGCAAAGCCCCCAAGAGCCUGUUCUUUGCUGCCUAUGAUGUACAGGGCUAUAAAAAAAUAGAGGAAAAUGGAAAGCUCCCACGUCUAAUGCCUCUCCUCUAGGGAUGGUUUCGUUUCCAUUGCAGGGUGAGGGGUCCCCUCUCUAGCCAGCCUCCCACCCUAAUAAUAAUAAUAAUAAUAAUUAUUUAUAUCCCGCCCUCCCCAGCCGAAGCCGGGCUCAACAACAAUAAAAUAGUGCAACAUUCUAAAAACAAUUCAUUAUAAAAAUUAAUUAAAAUCAAAUUGAUGGCAACCAUUAAGCUAAAGUUCUGUGAAGAUUGCCAGAGGAGGGAGUCAGGCUGCGCCUUGACCAAAGGCCUGGUGGAACAGCUCUGUCUUGCAGGCCCUGCGGAAAGAUGUCAAGUCCCGCAGGGCCCUAGUCUCUUGUGACAGAGCGUUCCACCAGAUUGGAGCCGCAGCCGGAAAAGCCCUGGCUCUAGCUGAGGCCAGCCUAACCUCUCUGUGGCCUGGGACCUUGAGGAUGUUUUUAUUUGAAGACCGUAAGUUCCUCUGUGGGACAUCGCAGGAGAGGCGGUCCCGUAGGUAUGAGGGUCCUAAGCCGUAUAGGGCUUAGACACAGAAACGCCAACACUGAUGAGAAGGCGUGGUGUAGCCCUGGCUUUGGGCCUGGGUUCAAAUCUAACUGGCUGACCAUAUCACCUGUCCCUCUCUCUCUCAGCCUAACGUACCUCACAGGGUUGUUGUGAGGACAGAACAGUGAAAACCCAUGUUUGGUGCCCUUGAGUUCCUUGGGAUAUCUUGCCAAUUAAUACUGAUAAGAGCUUUGGAGUGAGAGAAUUGUCCCAGGGCUCUAGGGCUACAACUUUACCAAGCCAAACCAUUUUUUUUUCUAUAGCAACCCAUAGUAGAAUGUGAUUUUUUUUUAUAAAAAAGCAAAACAAGGUUGGAUAUGGAUGUGGGAAAUCACAAUAAUUUCAGCUGCAAAGCUCACUGGCGAUCUUUGGGUAAACUUGUGUACACUCAGCCUCAGUUCUCCGUCUGUAAAAUGGGGGCUGGAACGGCCUCCCUCGCAAAGUUGCUGUGAGGAUUAAUGAGAUAAAAAACAGCAAAACGCUAUGGAGUUUUAUAAAUAACACGACGUGUAUGUAAAUAAUGUCUGUCCAGAUUAUACUAAGUAAGAAAAGAUAACCCCCCUUACCCCACAACAAUCACAACAGACCUCUAUUUUAGAUUUCUCUUAACAGGCCUCUAAAUGACUAUCCUGUCCGCAGACAGCUUUCCGGGUCAUGUGGCCAGCAUGACUAAACCGCUUCUGGCGCAACGGGACGCCAUGACAGAAGCCAGGGCACACAGAAAUGCCGUUUACCUUCCCGCCGCAGUGGUACCUAUUUAUCUACCUGCACUGGUGUGCUUUCAGUUAGUUUCAGUGGCAACAGCUCCAUCAGAGUGUUGGCAGAAAGGGGAAAAAAUCAGAAUGAAAUAAGCUGCAGUGCAGUUUGACCCUUUGACCAGCAGGUGGAGCACUUAAUGAAUCUCUGGUCAGGAUUUAUGAAAAAGUAAUGUUUAGGUGAAUUUUGGGGAGAAGUUGUGGCACUAGCUGCAUAAUAAUGAUUUGAGAAUGCUGACAUAAAAUAUCAUGGCUCCCAGCCCCAUCAGAAUGCGAAAGCCUGUGGUUCUAAGCUGAUCCAUGCUGACUUGAAAUCACCUGAUUGCUUCAGUCUGAUUUAGUUGGCAUGGGUCAGAGAAACCCACUGUUACUUGCCGCGACAUUCAGAAAGCCAAGCCAAAGAGUUACCGUAUUUUUCUGUGUAUAAGACGUCCCCAAGUAUAAGACCACCCCAAUUUUUUGAGCCCCAAAUUAAGAAAUAAUUAAUUUCAACAUUCCGUGUAUAAGACGACCCCCAAUUUUAAACUUUUAAAAGAAUGGGGGGAAAUAUAGACUUAGACACGGAAAAAUACAGUAUGUGCAAAAAGGUCGCCCAGGCUGGGAGUUGGCACAGGUUUGUGUGAAAUCUGCCGCUUUCAUGUGUCGAUAGGGUGCAAUUUAGGAAGAAGACCCAUAGCUCAGUGGGUACAGCCCAUGCUUUGCCUGCAGUAGUUAAUAAUAAUGACAAUAAUUUUAUUAUUUGUACCCCCACUCAUCUGACUGGUUUGCCCCAGCCACUCUGGGUGACUCCUCCAGGAUAAGUUCAGGCCCUGGUGUUUUUCAGCUGAAAGGAUCAGAUGAUACCUGAGACACAGGAAGAGUCAUUGCCGGUCAGAAUAGACAACACUGUUAUGCUAGACCAGGGAUGGGGGAAACCCUCCAUUUGUUGCCGAACCACAACUCCCAUCAGCCCUUGCCAGUGUGGCCACUGCAGGGGUGGAUGGUGGGAGUUGUAGUUCAGGAACACCCAGAGAUGUUUCUGCAUGCCCGAUAUAGAGGGUCGCAGGUUCUCUACCCAGGCCUAGCUGGACAAAAUUGUCUCUGACCUUGUGUGAAGCAGGUUCUUAACAGAAAACGAAGCAUGCAUGUUUGAUAGGCUCUGCGUGCAAAAAAUAAAUAAAUAAAUGUCCCAGGUUGGGAACAGAUGGAUGAAAAGCCUCUGCCCCUGUUGUAAGGCGACUUCCUAAUUUACAGCGAAAUAGAUAGCUGAGCAGGCUGUUCAAACUAGUCUUUCAUUUAAUCCCAAGAGCACACCUGUAUGCUAAAAUGCAACUCUUAAGAGUUGUCCAGCACUGUUCCGUCCAAGCUGGUUGUAUUUACGACGGCAAAAUGUGUCGAAUUGCAAAAAUUUAAAAAGAAAUAUUUUCCUGGAUGCUGGAAUUCGAUAAAAUAAUCCAAAAGGAGUGUCGAAUCUCCUUGUAAAUGCCUAGAUUUAUUUGAAUACGGUGUUGCUUUUUUCCGGAUCGGUGCUCUGCGUACAGUACUUCCCCUGAGCUCAAAUGAAAAACUGAGUUUUUUCCGAAAACAUCCCUCCUUUCAAGUUGUGCUUCUUCGCAGAACUGGGACCCACCCCAUGUAAGCGCAGAAUAUGGGCUCAGGGCCAACCGACAGACUUGACGUGCUGGUUUUUUAAAAUGCAGGUUGCAUCAGCUUUGAGGGGUGGGGGCCGAGGGUGCUGAUAAUUAACGGGAUUAGUGCAGGCAUGGAGAGCGAAUUCCUCCCAUGUCACAGUCCAGAGGAAAAUCUUCUGUAAUUGGGGCUGUAAACCAGCAGUUUAUGCAGGAGUUACGUUCCGGCGAUCCCGUCUAAAAGCCAAAGUUGCGUAUAGUCAAAACACAUUGGCUUUAAUGGUGGCUGGGAUUGCCAACAACAUUUUUCCUGGAACCCUGCACUCUUUUUAAUUUUUCCCACGUGUGUAAAACUUGAAGGUGCACAAGUUAAAGGUGCACAAGUUGUGGGCUUACUGCCUUUGCUUUUGGAGGGUGAUGUUUUUACCCACUUAUCUCCAACAAACUCACACCAUGUUCAAGAGGGCUUUCCUUCAAGACUGCAGAAUGGGAGGAAAAGGUUAAAUUUCCCUUCUACGUCUGCUCUGAUCCCGUUAAUUAUCGGCCCCCUAAGUAUGCUGAUAGGAUUUUGUAAUUAACUUGCAUUUUAAAAAAAAAUUGCAAAAGGCUUUUAACUUCAGGUCUAGUUUGGCUCUGAGAGGAGGUCAUGAAGAGAACAUAUGCUUUAGCGCCUUAAAAAGCAAGUACCGUAUUUUUUGCUCUAUAAGACUCACUUUUUCCCUCCUAAAAAAGUAAGGGGAAAUGUGUGUGCGUCUUAUGGAGCGAAUGCAGGCUGCGCAGCUAUCCCAGAAGCCAGAACAGCAAGAGGGAUUGCUGCUUUCACUGCGCAGCGAUCCCUCUUGCUGUUCUGGCUUCUGAGAUUCAGAAUAUUUUUUUUCUUGUUUUCCUCCUCCAAAAACUAGGUGCGUCUUGUGGUCCGGUGCAUCUUAUAGAGCAAAAAAUACGGAAAAUACAACUUUUCAGGUCCUUGCAAUUGAUGCUCAUAGUCUCUGUUGGGGGUUCCUUGGAUUCAUGCCUUUGCUCAGUCUGUCCAUUGGUUUGGGGUUUGUUUAAAACUCCGUAUUCCCAUCUCUGAUCAGCAGAUUCCUGUGUCAUGUUUCACAGCACUCCCAGGCUUCCGUUUUUAAAAAGCAAUUUGCCAUGCACCACGGAAGCUGGAUGAGCGAGAACACAAGCUCAGAGGCUCCCUUGGACUUCUUGGCUCUUCAGAUUGCUGAAACGGUCCAGGAUGCCGUGCCAUGGUCAAGAACGAGAGCGGCUAGCCCAGUGUUUCCCAAACCAGUGUUUCUCCAGUUGUUUUUGGACUACAACUCCCAUCAUCCUUAGCUAGCAAGACCAGCGGUCAGGGAUGAUGGGAACUGUAGUCCAAAAACAGCUGGACACCCAAGAUUGGGAAACUAGCCCUGUGGCUUCCCAGAUGCUAUUUGGUGCAGCUUCCAUCAGCCUUAGCUGGCAUAGUAAAUGAGAGUUGUAGUCCAGCAAAUAUCAGGAGGUCUGCAGGUUUGCCACACUUGAUUUAGAGCAGUGGUGGCCAAACUGGCCCUCCAGCUGUUUUGGGACUACAAUUCCCAUCAUCCUUGGCCACUGGUCCUGUUAGAUACGGAUGAUGGGAGUUGUAGUCCAAAAACAGCUGGAGGGCCAUGUUUGGCCACCACUGAUUUAGAGGGACCAAAUAGCUUGCUUGUGGCAUUAUGCCCCCCCUAAUAAUACACUGUUGUUGGGGAGCACAUGUAACACUUCGCCAUUGCUCUGACUAGAGUGGGGUGCAAAUAUCUUUUUCCUGGCCCAGUCAAACCCCACACCCCACCCUGUCUUGCCCAAAGGUUCAGCCAAAAGUGUUGUGCUCCUCCUAAUUAACCCUCUCUAGGAAAAUCUGUCUUCCUUUAGCAGAACCCCAUACUUCAGUGGGCUUUUUUGCCAGCUACCCGGUCCCCAUGGGUGUCAUGUGAUUAUACCACUAGCAGGUCACUGGUUGAUCAGCGCUGUAAGGGAAGAGUGCCAGGGAACUCCUGUGUAAGCUGUUCCAAAAGAAGAGUGUGAUUUAAAUGUCAAUAAACUAGUAAAGCACAGUGUUUGAGAAGCCUCA